UACACACAGAAACACACACUGACACACAUAAAAGUUAAAAAAUAAAUAAAGUAAUUUUGAUAAUGCGCGCGGAUUCUGGUCUCUCCCAGAUUAUAAAUACCAGCACCAAAGCAUCCCUUUUCUUCACUAAAAAAAUAAAUUCCAUAAUAUAAAAAUAUAAAAGCAGAGAAUGUCUAGCACAUCUGGUCAGGUCAUUCGUUGCAGAGCUGCUGUGGCAUGGGAAGCCGGGAAGCCACUGGUGAUUGAAGAAGUGGAGGUGGCACCUCCACAGAAGAUGGAAGUUCGUUUGAGGAUCCUCUUCACUUCCCUCUGCCACACCGAUGUCUACUUCUGGGAAGCAAAGGGACAAACACCCUUGUUUCCUCGCAUAUUAGGUCAUGAAGCGGGAGGAAUUGUAGAGAGUGUAGGCGAGGGCGUGACGGAUCUCCAACCAGGGGACCAUGUCCUCCCCGUGUUCACGGGCGAGUGCAAGGAGUGUCGCCACUGCAAAUCAGAAGAGAGCAACAUGUGUGACCUCCUCAGGAUAAAUACCGAAAGGGGGGUUAUGCUUAAUGAUGGCAAGACAAGGUUCUCUAUUAAAGGACAACCUAUAUAUCACUUUCUCGGUACCUCCACAUUUAGUGAGUACACUGUUGCCCAUGUGGGUUGUGUUGCCAAGAUCAAUCCUGCAGCACCACUUGACAAAGUUUGUGUUCUUAGUUGCGGAAUAUCCACAGGAUUUGGUGCAACUGUAAACGUUGCCAAACCGGCAAAGGGUUCAACUGUUGCUGUUUUUGGAUUGGGAGCUGUAGGCCUUGCUGCUGCUGAAGGGGCUCGAGUUUCUGGGGCUUCAAGAAUCAUUGGUGUUGAUUUGAAUCCCAGCAGAUUCAAUGAUGCCAAGAAGUUUGGUGUUACCGAGUUUGUGAACCCGAAGGAUUAUGACAAGCCUGUUCAGCAGGUGAUUGCUGAGAUGACUGAUGGUGGAGUGGACCGGAGCAUAGAAUGCACUGGAAACGUCAACGCCAUGAUCUCUGCAUUCGAAUGUGUUCAUGAUGGUUGGGGUGUUGCUGUACUGGUUGGUGUGCCGAACAAAGAUGAUCAAUUCAAAACUCAUCCGGUGAAUCUCUUAAACGAGAGGACUCUCAAGGGAACCUUCUUCGGAAACUACAAGCCACGUUCUGACCUUCCGUCUGUUGUUGAAAAAUACAUGAACAAGGAGCUGGAAGUGGAGAAAUUUAUCACCCACGGAGUCCCGUUUUCGGAGAUCAACAAAGCUUUCGAUUACAUGCUGAAGGGGGAGAGUAUACGUUGCAUCAUCCGAAUGGAAGAAGCUUAGGACAUUACUGAGUUUUUGGUGCGCUGAGAGACUCAGAGAGUCUAGUAAGGAGAGCCUUUACUAGAGUAAAUUUGUGCUUUAAGACAUUUAAAAAGUUUUUAUGCUGCUUUGUCUUUCUGACUUUUAUGUUGGCCUCCUAAUAAAUGAAAUUUCGAUAUUAUAUA